UUUCCCAGGAAACAAAGAGACUGGAGAGAUGAUGCAGACAACAGAUCCCGUGCUUCCACGCAUAGCGGACACCACAGUUACCGGUGCCAGUGUCACAAUGACUACUGCUGGAAAACCGCCCAGAGCUGGUGCCGGUAUGAAUGAACUGAUGCCAACGGACGAAUCCCAUACCGGCUCUUCACCAGAACUCCAGAACGCGCCACCCGAGGAAAUUCCCGGAACUCCUGGCCCUAAGAUGAAUAAUGUGCAGCACACAAGUGCAAGUGGCACCUCUCGGAGCUUCAACCACGACAUAACUUUCGCAACCCUGGAUCCACCAACGGAGGACAAUACCGUGUACUUUGAUGCACUUAGUUCUUUUACCUCGUCUCCUACAUUUCAGUCACGUGACUCAAGAGACAUUCCGAGGAGUGGACAUUCACAUGCUGGAGAAGAAGCUGCAGCACAUUUACCCAGCACAUACUCCCUACAACGAAUAGAUUUUGCUGACACUGACGGCAAUAUAAUGCUGUGGAAUAAAGGCCCAUUUGGUGAUGGCGACCCAGCUGCUCCCACAGGCUACGACCGUGAAACCUUCAGCACUGGACCACGUACCUCAUCAGGCUCCGCCUUUUGUACCUGGACCUCAUUUCUGUAUUUUUGGAAAUGAAAUAAAUAGAAUAGGA